UACUGUUUCAUUGUCUGUGUUUCGGAAAGCGGAAUGUUGUGUCGAUAUGUCAAUGAGAAUUGAAGUCAAGUAGAUCUUAAGAACCACUUUUCUCUUUUGAUACAUUAUGAUAAAGCUAAAGUCUAAUAUGCUGCUGUCUGAAAAUAUUGGCUUCAAAUACUGACAUUUUCCAAUCCCUUUAGUGAGUCGUCUGUUUUGAAACGCGCCUGUUUGAAAACUAGUUCCCAAUGGACUAGUGACUUUCAUGAGCUAGCGUUCGCGUACACACAUGUUAAAUAUUUCAAGUUUGAGCUGGAAGUGUGUUCGUUUACCGUAACCAAACUGGUUUUGCUUCGGGGCCGUUGUCGACGAAAGAUCAUGUUACCUUUGUGGUAUUGUGGAUGUUUCGUAACAUGAGGGGGAAGCGCGCACACUAGUUCUCUUUUUAUAGUAUAUUAGUAUUCCAGUGAAAUGGCCAAAGGAGUGGCAAUACAUUGGUUCAGAAAAGGGCUUAGGAUACAUGACAACCCAGCGCUUCUGGAAGCGAUAUCCGCUUGUUACAAUGAAAACCUGGAAUUAUGCCCUGUUUUUAUCCUCGACCCUUGGAUCAUAAAGAAGUUGCGCGUUGGCCCAAAUCGUUGGAGGUUCUUACAGCAAACGUUGUGUGAUCUGGACACUAAUCUCCGUAAAAUCGGAACAAGAUUGUAUGUUUUGCGUGGUACCCCUGAGGAGACUUUCAAAGAUAAGUUUCAAGAAUGGAAUGUCAAAGUUAUCACUUUUGAAGCAGAUAUAGAACCAUAUGCAAGGGAAAGGGAUGAACGUGUCAUAAAGAUUGCCAAAACUGCAGGAGCCAGAGUUGUUCAGAAGGUGUCACAUACACUGUAUGAUCCUGAACAUAUUGUACAGAAAAAUAUGGGGAAACCACCUCUAACAUAUCAGAAGUUGCUGUCAUUGGUUGACAUCAUUGGGCCACCUGAGAAACCAGUGAACUCGCCAUCUAAAUUGUCUGAGAGAAUAACUUUAAAUUCUGUGAAGAUUGAUGAUCAUAAUCAUUGUGUGCCAACCCUUAUUGAGCUUGGAGUGAAUGAGAAACUAUUAAAACCGACAAUUUUUCCUGGUGGAGAAUCUGCUGCUCUUGAUCGACUCAAUUUAAAGAUGAAAAAUAAGGAGUGGGUACGCAAGUUUGAAAAGCCAAACACCUCUCCCAAUAGCUUGGAACCCAGCACAACCGUUCUUAGCCCAUAUUUGAAAUUUGGUUGCCUUUCUGCACGGACAUUUUAUUACAAGUUAAAAGAGGUUAUUGGCACAUGUCCACACACGAAACCUCCUGUGUCACUGUUGGGACAACUUUUAUGGCGAGAAUUUUACUAUGUUGUGGCUGCAGAGACUCCAAAUUUUGAUAAAAUGGUUGGAAAUCCUAUAUGUUGUCAAGUACCAUGGAAUAAAAACGAAGAACAUCUUGCAGCAUGGGCAGAGGGUAGAACAGGAUACCCAUUCAUUGAUGCAAUAAUGAUUCAGUUACGCACAGAAGGGUGGAUUCAUCACCUAAGUCGUCAUGCUGUAGCAUGUUUCCUAACACGCGGAGACCUUUGGAUUUCAUGGGAAGAUGGACAGAAGGUGUUUGAAGAAUUACUUUUGGAUGCUGACUGGGCACUAAAUGCUGGUAACUGGAUGUGGUUAUCAGCUUCUGCAUUUUUUCAUCAGUUCUUCAGGGUUUAUAGCCCUGUUGCAUUUGGCAAGAAAACUGACAAACUUGGAGACUACAUAAAGAAAUAUGUCCCAGUUUUGCGUAAAUACCCUCCAGAAUAUAUAUAUGAACCAUGGAAAGCACCACUCUCUGUGCAGAAACAAGCUGGUUGUGUUGUUGGAGAAGAUUAUCCGAAAAGAAUUGUGAUACAUGAAGAUGUUUACAAAAUUAACAUAAGCAAAAUGUCUGAGGCAUACAAAAGGUGGAAAGGUGGGAAAAGUAAGCAAGAGGACAAAAUAUCAAACACAGUCAAGAAUAAGAAGAUGAAGAUUACAUAGCAAGUGGAUUUUAAUCAUUUGUUCAAAUGCUGUAUCAGGUUCAUAGUUUUGUAAUUUUGUACUAUGAAAUGUCAGGAUUCAGAGAGAAGCAAAAAUUUCAUUUAAGACAUUCUGAUUCCUGCAUAACUUAUGAUUUGAAGGGGUCGGUGGAAGAAAGUGCUAACCCACAAGAGCAUAGUUUUGAGCUAUUGCAUGUUAUAUGUUUGGUUAAAUCUACAAAUUGUAUGUCACAAUGGAUUUAACUGUAACUUUUUCUACAGAUGGUUACAGUAUUUGUUUAGCUACACAAUAUGAUCUAUGUAUAAAAAAUUUUUGGUCAGUCCCAGAAAA